CGCAGUCUGGCCAUGACGAACCGCGCGAAGUGACACAUCGUUGACAGGCUCCACACAGCAUGUACUCUAAAGGCAAAGCGAAUACGGUCCCAUCAGAUGCCCAGGCAAGAGAAAAGCUGGCAUUGUACGUCUAUGAAUAUCUUUUACAUGUGGGAGCACAGAAAAGCGCACAGACUUUCUUAAACGAGAUUAGAUGGGAAAAGAAUAUAACACUCGGGGAACCUCCAGGAUUUUUACAUUCGUGGUGGUGCGUUUUCUGGGAUCUUUAUUGUGCUGCACCUGAGAGAAGAGAUAGCUGCGAUCACUCAAGUGAAGCCAAGGCAUUCCACGACUAUGUUAUUCCGAACCUCCAGCAGGGUGCUGUCCCAUCACCUGGAUUUGCACAGAUGACAAACGACGCUGGAGUUGGUGCAGCAGGAAUGCAGGGAGGAAUGCCAGGGUAUUUUCCGUCGUCACAACCACAAGCAUCGCCUCAUCAACAACCACCCCCACAACACCAAACGCCACCUCAAGGAUAUAUGCCUAAUCAGACUCCUCAAGGUUAUAUGCCAAAUCAGCCACCAUACAUGUCAAGAUAUGCAGGAGGAAGAGCUCCUAAUGUCAGAAUGCCUGGACAGGGUCUUCAAGUGGUCUGGUCGAAUGACAACAAAGGGCUUGCUAUUAAUGGUGAUGGUAUUCCCCUACAGCCCCCUGGUGGUGUAUCAGGAGUUCCAGGUGCACAGCCUCUAUUGCCGAAUACAAUGGAUCCUACACGACAACAAAGCCCAUAUCAAGGUCAACCAAUGCAAGGUCCCAUGUCAAGAAUGAACCACCCUAGAGUCCCAAUACAAGCGAAUUAUGGUGGCAUGAGACCGCCUAAUAAUGCAGUAGCUCCAGGCGUCAACAUGCCUAUGGGCAAUCGACCUUGGAAUCCAACUACUUCGGUAUCUGGUCCUCCAGGGACACCAAUAAUGCCAAGUCCUCAGGAUACAGCAAGUUCAGGAAGUGAAUCCAUGUAUGCAAUGAUGAAAUCCGUACCAGGGGGAAACAUGCCAGGGUAUGGAAUGAGUGGGGGUCCAGAACCUCCGAUGCCGAUGGGAGGACAAGAGCCGUCAUUAGUUAUGAACGAUUCUAAUCCUGGAGAUAUGGAUGGUUUGUCAAAGGAUGCAUCUAAUGAUCAUCAGCCUGGUACACCCAGAGAAGACGGGUCAGAGUUCGGUUCAUUACUGCCGUUUUCCCAGGAUAGUAACCACUGUGAUUCAGCAGCAAUACAAAAGAUUAAAGAGUCGAUGCAAGAAGAAGCCAAACGGUUUGAACAUAACGACAAUAGAACACACGAAGACUCCAAUGACUACUAUUAAUAUACAUUACUAUAGUUGAUUUAACAGAUUCUCUCAAAUAUUGUAUUAUUAUUAAUAUUAUUAUUAUUGUACGCCUUAGAUAGCUUUCUUUAAGAAGAUUUUCAUUCGCAGCUUUACUAAUACUCGAUAAACCAUGGGAUAGAAGCCAUCAAGUUGUAUAAUAUUUGUGUUACGUCGAGGUACCAUUCCAUUCCUUCCCAGGCCCAGCCACACCCUACUCAUACAGUUUCCCACUCAAUAUAGACUUACCUACACACGUUUGGAAUUAUCUUGGAUAUUUGACUAAAAGCAAAAUACAAAAAAAAUACCUUGGAUUAAAAGGUUUUUUUUGGUUUUUGCAGUUAGCCUCAUUUUCUUUAGAAUAAUUCCAAAGGUAUUUAUACAAUUCAGUCCCACAUAAUAAUCCCCAGUCUAGAAAACCACCUCCAUGAUCACCGACAUGCCCUUGAGGUAUCUAGUUUCUUAUAUCUAAGCAUCUUCAGAACGUUCUGGCUUAAGCGUAGUGGUUUCCUAUUUCAGACCGCGUUUUAUUUUCUGGAGUAUACUUUUUUUUUGUUUUAUUGACGGUUGCGAAUGAGAAGACACAAGAAUAUGGAUACACCUCAAACAAAAAUGGUUUUUCUCGAGAGAAAUGACACGUGAUCUGAAAUGGGAAAACAUUACACCCAAGAAUCCAUUCCCUUCUUAAAUCAACAACGAGGAGUCUAGAUUACAGAUACGUAGCUGUUUCUAAAUGCUACAACAUUUAAAGUAUGACAAAGUUGACUUAUAUGAAGAAAUUCAAUCUGUUGAACUAAAUUAUGUACCUCUGAAGUGCUAGUUUUUAAAGAGAUAGUGAUAGCUAUUUCCCCCCGCUUAAGUCAACUUGUCGUACUUGGAAUUGUAGAACAUGUAUGUGAAGUAACACUAUCACUAUCACUAAGGGUUUAGGGGAUCGGUCAUUUAUCGCCUUUGCGGGGAGGGGGUUGGGAGGGGUCGGAAAAUAUAGGAGGGGAUCGCACAAAAAUGAGAGACUAGAACCACUAUUGAGGGGGCAUCGUAAAAAAGUGCCUGUUUUUUCCUUGAGGGGGGGAGUCAGUUAAUAUUUAUGAUGUCGCAACAAAAUCCUCCUAACCCUUGCCUCCCUGGCAACAAAUAAUGACCGGUUCCUUACGAUUUCGUUAAUGUGUAGAGUGCAUACCAUAUAACCGUGAAAAAAGUAACUAACAAAAUUGUACAAAUGAGUGCAACGUUUUCUAGGUCUACUGAGGUUUACUGAAUUUACUAAUUUGUGCAAUUUCUUACAAAGCUUUUCACGGUAUUCUUGGUUUGCAAUCAAUCCCAAGAGAGCACAAUAACAAAAGGGAUGUCCGCCAUGUUGGAAGAUAUAACAAAAGAAUUCAUUGAAAAAAUCUUUUGUCAAAUUCUUCCAACAUGGCGGCUAUGACGUCUAUUGCAAACGAAGAAUAUGGUAUUCACUCUGCUAUAUCACACCAGGCAGAAAAAGCUACUCUCACUAGAUCUUGGUAUUUAAUUACGAGGAUCCAAAACAUCUCUUAACAUUCAAUCUAGACUUGAACGGCAAAGCAAAGCUCUCAUUGUUGUAUGUUGUAAGAAUGUUGGGCUUACUUCCUAAUGGCGAGAGAGCCUGUUCUAUCGUUGUCAUGUCAACAUUGUACACUUGAAAAGAAGUUUAAACAUUUUACUUGUAGACAACAGUUUUUCUAAUGUCUGUCACUAGGCUUUAAUAGGUGCUUCGAUAUGAUUUAAAUUUGAGCAUUUUUAGAACCCGCGUUUUUGAAAUAGAGUUAUUGGACUCUUCAUACGUUCCAUCGCUUACGAUUCGUUUUGUCGAACUCAAAGUAUCGUACGCGAUUUCGUUACGAUUUCACUUAGUCGCGCAGAACACGUUUGGCUUCGUUUACAUGGAACAGUUUGUCGUACGCAAGCAUUGUUUAGUCUGUUAUACUGUACGACAUGUCGCAAACGACUUACGAUGUGUCGCUACUAAACAGACGGAGGUCGGGUGCGAUUACGAUGCGACUUGUCUCGAAAGAUCCGUUGAAGUUUUUCUUAGGUCUUGAGUAGCUAGAAGAAGGUUUUGUACAUUAGUCUGACUAUAUUUUACUUCGAACGUCGAACUUCACAUGAGCCGAACCUAGUAUCGAAACGAUGGAUACCAAGGCGGUCGUAUUUAAUGUCAUUAGGUUCGGCUCAUGUGAAGUUCGACGUUCGACCUAACUCAAACCUACAGCAUUAUUGAUACUUAUAGUCAGUUUAGUACCUAAGAAAUUCCGUCCACGCCGCGGUAGAGAUCUAUUCUUGUUACAAUAGCAUUUUACUUACACCCGACCUCGGCUCACCUCCCGGCUCUCAGUAAAGCUUUACUAAUGUUUUAUAUCUCAACGAAUAAUCUCAGAAGAAUGUUUAUUUUGCUGAGUUUAUUUAUUUCUCGAACGUAGAUCUCGUGAUGAAGCGUUUAACUAAAGUAACCAACACCUUCACGUUUCUGUUGUUUUGCUUUAAAAAAUGCUGCCUCGUAACGAGGGGACUUAAAAUUUGCUACAUUUAUGAAGGCUACAUUAACCGGAAGUGUAAAUAAUUUCUCUUUGGGGUUCUGUUCAUGGGAGAUUUCAUUCAAAACAUUGUAAAGUCAACUCAUCCACGGGAAAGACAGACAUUGAAGACGCCCGGACCAUUAAGUGAAGUUAUUUACACUUCAGGUAGACGUCGCCAUCGUAGAUUUUGUAAAUAUUGAGGUAGCAAAUGAAGGGAAAAAGAUGGCGCAAUCGAGUACUUAAGCUAUCGUGGUUCGAUUUUCGUUUAAUUUUGCUGUACAAACCGAUGCAUUACUUUAAUUUCUGCUAAUUAUUCUCAUACUCAAUUUAGGGCUUAUCGCAGAUACCUCGUGAAGUAAGUCGAUAGGAUUUUUUAAGGUACGGACAGUGAAAUAUCAAACGACGCGAAUCUAUUAGGAUAUCUUACUGUAAAAGAAAAAGAAAAGACACGAAAUGUACGGCUUGUUCUAACGUAUGUUAUCAGAAAAGACGAGACGUUUCGUCAACAGCUUGUAACCAUAGUAUUAUAAAAAAUAAAUGGUGUCUCGUCCUUAUA